AUGCCAGCUCUCCGAAUGUCAUCUAUCCCAUCCGUACUCCCGUACCCAGUAUCGUCUGCCAAAGAUGCCGGCAUCAAAGCUCCCAAGUCCUUCUCGAAGCAGCAUAGGCGUAAUUGGUUAUUGGGGCGAGUGCCUAUGAUAGUUGAUGUUGAGCCAUUACUACCCGCUCUAGACAGCUUGGGGUACGACGAUUAUUCGGGUGUUAUGCUCGUCGAGAAAGAAAGGCGGAGACCACGGCACCGUAGAUGCAUAGGAAAGAGUAACAUGGUUAAAGAAGAUGCGGAGAAAGGCAUGAGAAGGGAAAACGUGUUCGACUCGCCGCGUGCGGUCGCCAUCUACCACGUUUUCAACUGGACGUCUCCUGGAGCCUCGGUCACCAGAAUCAAGUAUCCUUGGGUUGGGAAGCCGACACAAGCAGCCUUAGACCACGGUAAAGUGGGCGUCCCUCCUACGGGCGCUUUGCAGGUGCAGAACGACGACCAUUGGUGCCUUGCUCACAUCGAUGCCCUCUCAGGAGAAGUUGUGAACACCAUCGACUACGUGGCUUAUGCGAGUGUAGGUGGCGCGGCGCGAAUUUGGUGUAUUCAGAUGCAUCCUCAAGCACAAGGCGGUUCCAUGUCGCAACCUACAUCUUACUACGACCUGGCGGGCAACGGUCACCGAUCCACCGAAUUCCACGGCAUCGGUUAG